UAUUGGGCAUUUGUUGGCUCCUGCUCCGAUCUUUUUUAAAUCUUGGCUUCUGCUCUGGGGUUUUCAAAUUCUUGGCCCUGGCUCCGGGCAUUUCAAAACUAUGGCUCCGGUUCCAUGCCCAGCACUGGUUACCUCACCAUCUGAUCGCAAACUUUUGUCCAUUUUUCUUUAUCAUUCUUUCUCCUUCCAAAGGGUAAAAGAAGCUGAAAAAAAUGAGAAGGAAUGGGAAAAAAGAUUUACGGACAUCUGCUGACAAGUGGGGGAAAUGAUCCAAUAGUAUCUCAAAAUAUUAUUAAUAAUCGUUCAUAAUUUAAUAUUUAGAAAUUAAUCUUGAAAGAUGCCGCCACUUUUAUUUUUUCAUAUUUUUCUUCCUUCAUUAUUGUUUGUAAUUUUUGACUACACUUCCGCACUACGUUGUUACCAAGGUGUUCAAUAUUUAAAUGCCCCGUUGAAUUUAACUUUAAUGGAUUGCCCUAUGCCAAAUAUGCUUACUUGCACAAAAUCAGUUGAUCUUAGGUCAAAUCUUAUCACACGUGCUUGCUCAUCUGGAAACUGUACAAUAAACUCUGCCGAUUCCAAUAGUCAAGUUUCUGUUGUGCCAAUUUGUGUAAACAAUACAAACACACAAUCAACAUUUUGUUGCUGUUACGCCGAUGGGUGUAACUCAGCUCCAAUCCCGGCUGUCAACAACUAUCGUGUGCUGUUUAUUUACUUAUUUUUUGUAUUAAUUUGUUACAACUUUAUUCUACGCAUUUAAUAUAAAAUUAUUUUUAUUAUUUACUCAUCCUUUAAUUGUAUUUCCAUUUUUAAAAUUUUUUCUUUAGUAAAUAUUCUUGCAAAAAAAUUAACAAAAAAUUCUUAUUUUACCCGGAAACUUUCAGAUAUUAUUUCAUCUUCCUUCACAUGUUACCACCCCCUCAUAUCCGCAAAAUAAACAGUAACAAGAUUUUUUGUCUAUUUACACUUAGGAAGUUUUGUGAUGUAUCCUUAAUAAAUCUCAUCAGUAAAGAGCGA